AUGUCAGCUUAUUUGAAGCCAUCUAGUUUGAAGCGAAAGCAACAAUUCGCUUCACGGUCGACCCCUACUGUCCAUCGUAUUCCUCCUUAUCAGCAUCCUCAAAUGAGCUACAGUGCCGAGUACUUGGCGACACCAUCUGAUCGGCCGUCGUAUGAUCGCAUCAUCGAUCACACUCGGGCUCGAUCAUGGUUAGGAUACGACAUCCAGGUGUACAACGACGAUCUAUCCUCCUCCUCCUCCGGUCCAGCCACUAUCGAUCGACGCGAUCUGUCGCAAGGUUUAAAACUGGUCUCUAUUGCUGCCGAUGAAUACGACAGCGGCAACGAAAAAGUGGCGUUGGAUAUCUACCUCACCGGCCUAGACAAGAUUGUCAUGGCUUUACCGAACAAAACAGACUCUGCCACGAAAAUGGCGCUUUAUCAGAAAUUAUUAAGCGUGGAAAAACGCAUAGGAAUACAUCCCAUGGCCUCUGCCUGUGCCGAUAAGCUUGGUGGCUCGCCCUCCUCGGAGAACACAGAGAUGGAAGCGACCAAGGAGCCCAAUCCAACCAUGUGGGUUUUACCAUCGAACCUGAAAGAUAAAGUCAGUACCAUGUUUGCAAUUUCAUCGACAGUGUUGUCCUCCUCUGUUCCGACGCCUUUGCCACCUUUGACGUCGUCUUCCCUGGAACCCCUGUCCGCGGAAGGGGAGCCGGCAGAGCUCGGCAAAGAAGACCACAUGACCCGGUUCAAAGCCUUUAGUCAAUACUUCAUCAACCUUGUUGUCGCAUGGGCCGUCAUAAUUAAACAAUCCCCCAUCCCUGAUAUGUUGUACUUCGUUUUCGGCUAUUUCAUGCAUUUGCUUUGGUGGAUGAAUUUGCAGUAUCACGUUGUUGAACGCAUGCAAGAAUUCGGAAUCCAUUGCAUGAAAUUGGCCCUCAAAGCGGACGAGCAGUAUCAGUUGCACGAAUUGCUGUCCGAAGCCAUCUACACAUGCUUUGCAGCCAUAUUGAAAGCCGUGGUGGCUUUUAAAGAAACUCCCGGAUACCAGCAACGCCGAGCCAAAUCCUCAUGGUCAUCCAAUGCCACCACCUCCGCCCCACGACCGCCACGAUGGCGUCGACUGUCUUAUAAUAUGGCCGCCUUUUAA